AUAAAUAACAAAAACAAGCAGAAAAAAAGAUCUCGAUUAAUUGGGUUCCACAGUGGAGAAUUUUGAAGGAAGAAGACGAUGGUGAUGCUUUUGGGUUCAACUCGGGUCUUCUUGCUGCCUCUCUUUCUCUUCGUUCCCUCUCUCUUUGGCGCGCAGGAUAGUCAGGCUGGAGAUGCCGCUACAUUGUUGAAAAGAGCCACUGAAACGAUAAAAGCAAGGCAAUAUGAUGCAGCACUUGAACUUCUGAACUCUGCUAUUGAGGCAAAUGCAGGUCUUUCAGAAGCCUAUAAGCAGCGAGCAUCUGUUCUCCGGCAGCUUUGCAGAUAUGAGGAGUCUGAGGAAAACUACAACAAGUUUCUCGAGCAAAAACCUGGUACUACUUCUGUGGAGAAGGAGCUUUCCCAGUUGAUACAGGCAAAAAAUGCAUUGGACUCAGCAUAUAAUCUUUAUGAUUCUGGUGAUUUCUCCAAAGCUUUGGAUUACAUUACCAAAGUUGUCCUGGUUUUUUCUCCUAGUUGCUUUAAGGCAAAACUACUUAAAGUGAAAUUGUUACUGGCACUGAAGGACUUCUCAGGCGCUAUUUCCGAAACUGGGUACAUUCUUAAAGAAGACGAGAGCAACUUGGAAGCAUUACUUUUGCGAGGUCGUGCCUAUUAUUAUCUCUCCGAUCAUGAUGUUGCUUCAAGGCACUUUCAGAAAGGAUUACGCCUAGACCCAGAACAUAGUGAACUGAAGAAAGCUUAUUUUGGGUUAAAAAGCCUUUUAAAGAAGACCAAAAGUGCAGAAGAUAAUGCUGCAAAGGGUAAACUACGUGUUGCUGUAGAGGACUUUAAGGCAGCCCUCGCCUUGGACCCCAGUCAUAGUGCACAUAAUGUUCAUCUUCAUCUUGGUUUAUGUAAAGUCUUGGUGAAGCUUGGCAGAGGAAAGGAUGCUGUCAAAAGCUGCACAGAAGCACUGGACAUUGAUGGGGAGCUUGAUGAGGCCUUGGUUCAGCAAGGAGAGGCAAAGCUCCUAACAGAAGACUGGGAAGGAGCUGUUGAGGAUCUGAAAGCAGCCGCUCAGAAAUCUCCUCAGGAUAUGAAUAUCCGAGAAGCACUAAUGAGGGCGGAAAAAGCAUUGAAGAUGAGCAAAAGGAAGGACUGGUACAAGAUCUUAGGGGUUUCAAAAACUGCAUCAAUUGCGGAAAUAAAACGUGCUUACAAGAAGCUUGCUUUACAGUGGCACCCCGAUAAGAAUGUUGACAAAAGAGAAGAAGCAGAGGCCAUGUUUCGAGAAAUAGCUGCUGCGUAUGAGGUACUUGGCGAUGAUGACAAACGUGUGAGAUACGACAGAGGCGAGGAUCUUGAUGAGAUGGGUAUGGGUGGAGGAGGGGGUGGCAGCGGUUUUAACCCUUUUGGCGGUGGUUUUGGGGGUGGAUUUGGUGGUGGAGGUCAGCAAUAUACUUUUCACUUUGAAGGUGGAUUUCCUGGUGGUGGAUUUCCUGGUGGUGGUGGAGGCUUUGAGUUCAAUUUUUGAUCACAGCCUCCUGUAAAUUUAUUCUUUUCAAGGUUGCACGCUCAACUAACAGAGGAAGCUAGAAAUCGAGCAGUUCAAGGACCUCGAGGGUAAACUCAAACAGUUCAGCCAUUUGAAGAAGCCCUCAAUUUGCGGGGUGAUUUUUUACCCUUUAAGUUAUACUCAUGGCUGAUUUUCCCCCGUACAUUGUAUUUCUCCGGGGAGGGAAAAAGCCUACUUUGUUAUUUCGAAGAGUUUCAGAAAAGCGAGAUGACAUGUAAUUUUGGCAACAUUUGUCCAUGAAUACAAAGUUUUACAUAACUUCAGAACAUAAAGUUAAAGUGCUCUGUAACAAAGGGGGUUAUCCAGGGAUUUUAUUGAAAUUUGAGUUCUGAUUUUA